AUGUUGUAUAAUUUGAGACCUGGAGCUACAUGGUUGGAAGACUCUCCGGGAGCUACGGAGCAUGAUGAAAGUAUGACCAAUUUUGAAUUACAAUUGUUUGAUUGGAACACCAUAGCUAGAACCACAAAUAAUUUCUCUUUUAAGAACAAACUUGGACGUAGUGGUUUUGGUUCAGUUUAUAAGAUAGGUCAACUAUCUAAUAGACAAGAAAUAGUUGUGAAAAGAUUAUCAAAGGAUUUAGGACAAGGAAAAGAAGAAUUUAAGAAUGAAGUAACAUUUAUUACAAAACUCCAACACAUGAAUCUUGUGAGGCUUUUGGGUUGUUGUAUUCAAGAAGAAGAGAAAAUGUUAGUCUAUGAGUACUUGCCAAACAAAAGUUUAGACUCUUUCAUUUUUGAUCAAACAAAGAAGUCAUUGUUAGAUUGGAGAAUACACUUUGAAAUUAUUAUGGGAAUUGCUCGAGGAAUCUUAUAUCUUCAUGAGGACUCUAGAUUAAGAAUCAUACACAAAGAUCUAAAAGCAAGCAAUGUUCUAUUAGAUGUUGAAAUGGUUCCAAAAAUUUCAGAUUUUGGCAUGGCUAGAAUAUUUGGAGGAAACCAAAUGGAAGAAAACACAAGUCAAGUGGUUGGAACAUAUGGUUACAUGUCACCUGAGUAUGCGAUGGAAGGGUUAUUUUCAACAAAAUCUUAUGUUUAUAGUUUCGGAGUUUUAUUGUUAGAGAUUAUUACUAGGAGAAAAAAUAGCACUUAUUAUCGAGAUAGUCCAUCCAUGAGCUUAGUUGGAAAUGUUUGGAACCUAUGGGAAGAAGACAAAGCCUUGGAUAUAAUUGAUUCGUCAUUAGAAAAGUCAUACCCUACAGAUGAAGUAUUGAGAUGCAUCCAAAUUGGGCUCUUAUGUGUCCAAGAAUCUGCAACGAAUUGACCUACCAUAUUGGCUAUUAUUUUCAUGUUGGGUAACAACUCUGCUCUUCCUUUUCCUAAACGA